UCACCGCCGCCCUCGUGUGACGUCACUAAACAUGGCGCUCGUGCGGAAAGGUGAUGAUGAUGGACCUCUAUGUUUACUGCGCUUUUGAUUUUUCCGCGAACGCAAGACUUUUACAAUGUCUGAAAAAGACGUAUCCUCGCGUUUAACCGUCCUAGAGAGGUAAUAAACCAAACGGCGGCUUUGAACGAUGCUAAAUAAUCACAUAUAAGACGCCGGUAGCGGUUAGCAUUAGCUUAGCUUCAUGAGCACCACAGCUCUGUCGUGUUAGCUAACGCUCACAACGCGACGCACGACUAAUAUCACACAACAUGAGUCUUUGACAUAUAUAGAUGUAACGAUAUAGAUGUACGUAGACAGCUCUUUGCGUUAUUUGUUUAGAUGUGCUAGCUGUUUUUUAGGUAGUUGAGGUAGUGGAUUAGCCGCAGUGCUGAGGAUGGAGGCUCUUCUCGGUGGAGGUGUGUGUUUUCUGGGAUUUGUCACUCUCACACACGCUGCUCCGGUCUCUAAUACACUCUCAGAGGCUGCCGGAUAUGUGGAUGUGUCUCUGAGCAUCCCGCUGCUGCUGUCUCUGGCCGUGACGCUGGCCCUCGUGGUCCUGCUGCUCAACUGUGCUUCCUGCUGCAAAGAGCAAGAGAUCAACUUUAAGGAGUUUGAAGACCACUUUGAAGAUGAGGUUGAUUUCACGCCGCCGGCGGAGGACACCCCGUCUAUGCAGUCGCCCGCUGAGGUUUACACACUCGCUGUUCCCCCUGUGCACCUGCCCGGACCCCCACACCUCCAGCUGCCCCGCAUUACAGACGUCUCUUCCGGUCCUCACGUGGCACGACACUCUCUCAGUUACAUUCAGGAGAUCGGGAACGGCUGGUUUGGAAAGGUUCUGCUCAGUGAGAUCUAUGUGGACCCAGGAGUCGCUCGAGCGGUGGUCCGAGAACUGAAAGCCAAUGCCAGCUCCAAAGAGCAGAACGAGUUCCUGCAGCAGGGAGACCCGUACAGGGUUCUUCAGCAUCCCAAUAUACUGCAGUGUCUCGGUCAGUGUGUGGAGGCCAUCCCGUUCCUGCUGGUGUUUGAGUACUGUGAACUGGGCGAUCUGAAGAGUUACGUCUCUCAGCAUGAGUGGCUGUACAGGAACGGAGAACUGCUGCAACUGCAGAAGAUGGCCUGCGAGAUCGCCGCCGGGGUCACACACAUGCACAAACACAACUUCCUGCACAGUGAUUUGGCUUUGAGGAACUGCUUUCUCACAACAGACCUGACUGUAAAAGUUGGAGACUAUGGCAUCGGCCCUACAAAUUUCAAGGAGGAUUACAUCACCACAGAGGAUGACCAGUGUGUGGCGCUGCGCUGGCUUUCCCCAGAGUUAAUUGGUGAACUGCAUGGGGGUCUGAUCACUUCAGAACAAACCAAACCCAGCAAUGUUUGGGCCUUGGGUGUAACGAUAUGGGAGUUGUUUGAAUGUGCAAAGCAGCCGUAUCAUCACCUGUCGGACAGAGAAGUGCUCCAUCAUGUGCUCAAAGAUCAACAAGUCCGACUUCUCAAGCCACAGCUGGACUUGCCAUACUCAGAAAGAUGGUAUGAAGUUCUACAGUUUUGUUGGCUACCUGCGGACAAGAGGGCCACUGCUGAAGAGGUCCAUCGCCUGCUCACGUACCUCCGUAUGCAGGGUCAGAAAGAUGUGGAGGAUGACUUUGAGCAGCGCUGGAGCUCUCUCAAACCCAAUCCCAGCACUCGACAGGCCACCGUCAGCCACUCCUCCUUCCCCAUCCUGGAGCAGUUCGAUGAUGGCAGAGAACCGGACGAGGUUCUAACGGUCACUGAAACAAGUCGCGGGUUAAGUUUUGAGUAUGUCUGGGAAGCGGCCAAGCAUGACCACUACGACAGCCACAAUCGAUCUGCCAUGGACACCACUCUGAAUUACCACAGUAUGUUCUUUCCAGUGCCACGGCAAGACAUUCAGGCUCAUUUCCCUGACACCACAGCGCAAGCCGCUGAUGGUGGUAGAGUCCCGGAGACCUUGCCAGUGUUUGACGCCCAUAAAGCAUCCUCUGGAAAUGACUACUUUAUUAAGUUGGAGGAACUCGAUGAGAGCGAGAUUGGGAUGGGCGACAGUCAAGGAGCUGAGGGUACUAAUACUUCAGAGCAGAAUCAGUACGUAGUCUUACAGGACGUCCGAUUGGAUGAGUCCAGUACAGACGCUGAUUUCUUCCAUCAGAGCAUUGACUCGAAAGACUCUUUUCUUCAGGACAGCCACAUAUGGUCCUCAAGUGAACAUGACAGCCCUUACCAUACUAACAUUUUUAGUGAGGGCGAUGCUAAGAUGGAAGAUUCUCAUUCAUUUGAGGGAGGUUUUAUGGAGCUCCCUGAGAUGAUGAAUUUACCAAAGAGGGACUCAGAUGAAGCUAAUGGUAAAGAGGCAAGUUUUCAGACAUCUUUUUUAGGGGUUGGACCUGAAGCCAUUCAUCUGGAGAUCUCAGAUCAGGGGAGUUCAGAUGUAAUGAAGCUUCUUAACACCGAGAAACUGUCUGAUAACUUUAUGUUUCUUAAAGAUAACAGUCUAAUGAAGGACAAGUCUGAGGUCUCACCGCCUGAUUCAAUUAAUAUCAAGAGGUCCAUCAUAGAGACCAAUGUCUCAGAUAGUGUAAACCUUACAGGUGAGUCUUUGAAAUCGGCAGGCAGUUCUGCGCAGCUCAAAGAUGAAUUCUUAGACUUAGUCAGCCCAAUUUUAGAUGAUUUUCUCUCACCUUUGAAAGGACGUGAAGCAAUGGUGCCUUUUGAUAUAUUAGUAACAGGUAGCAACCGCCUGCCAGACACAAAUGGCUCUUUGCGUUCCCCCAAAUCCAGGAAUUACUCCUCAUCUGAGUCUACCUCUGAGAGUGUUGAGGUCAUUGUUGACAGUCCCUCAGACAGUCAUCAGUCCCUUGAAAGUGCCACAACAGAUACACUACAAAUGUGCAUAGAUGCCAAACCCCCUAGCCUUGAAGAAUGCUUCGUAGCCUCAAAGGACAAUGGGCAGCAUAUAGGAAUCAGCGAUGCAGCUGAGCUAAGCUUUACUACUUCGCCUGUUGGAGAGUAUACAGAACUUGGCCUCACCGAAGGUCUGACAAGUAGUGACUCAAUGAGUGAUAUAAUGGAGACAGCCAAGGAUAUCCCACCAUCAGAAGCCAUCGAUCAAGAUACUUUAUUGGACAACCACGCAACUCAGGAUAUGUCCUCGCUGUUGGUUUUGGACUCCUGUCUUGAUCAAAUAAGUCAGGACAGCCUUCUCGAUGAUAGCACCUCAUCAACUCUUCCAACCAUUGAGAAUUCUGCAGAAACGCCAGAUUCGUUGGAUUCUUUGGAUGUGGCGCAUGGACAGUCAUUGGAUAUUUCUGUUAAUAAGCUUCAGCCCCCAUACAAAGCUGCGGACAGCGGGUAUGAAACCGAAAACUUGGAGUCACCCGAGUGGAACUCUCAAACAGGUUUGAAGGAUGAAGACAAUGAUGCUGCCGUGGAGCCUUCGGCGCUGGUCCCACCGGAAAUUGUUGUGUCUGAAGUGGACAGUGUGCCUGAUGUUCAGGUAAACGCUGGUGGAGUCGAUCACCAACAGGAACCUGGUGAGUUUCCUUUAGGAGGAAACUACAGAGACUCCGCUUACUUCUCAGACAAUGAGGAGCUGGACAAGAAAAGCGAUGACGUCAGUGGAAACGGCUCUUCAAUUUGGCUUCAGAAUAAUCAAGAAACUAAUGAAAGUAGGGUAGCUCGCGCUCUUGAGGAGCAUUCACGGUCCGAGACUUCCUCUCAAUCUGCAGGUCCUACUGUAGAAUCAACUAUAACGGCCACAAAGACUCUUGUUCCAGAGUUGGUUCUCACUACCGAGGAAGAUUGGAGCAAGGAAAAACCAUUGACUGUUGAUGACUCUAACCAGAAUCAUCCCUGCGAUGUCCCAGAAACACCCACUACCUCAUUACCACCUCCAACAGAAGUCAUGCUUCAUGCAAAACUAACCAGAACGUACGCUGGAGAAGGAACAAAGAAGAAGGAGCCAGAUAUGGAAGGGAGGUAUUUGGGAAAGCUGGAUGGAUCCUAUGGCACGGAGGACGGGAUGGAUGCCGAUGAAGAAGAUGAGAACAGUGACGAUUCGGAUGAGGAUAUGCGUGCCUACCGAUUACACAGCUCCAGCUCUGAGUGCAGUGAGGAUGAGGUUGUGCACCCGGUACCUAUUAUUAUCUCAGACAACAGCAGUUCCCUCAACCUUAAAAGCCUGCUGAAACCCAAAACCCUUCAGACUGCUAAAGCCACAUCAGAAGAGGGCAGAGAUGGGGAUAGUAGACGUGGAGUGUCAUUCUUUGAUGAUGUCACCGUCUACCUGUUUGACCAGGAAACUCCAACAAAGGAACUCAGUGAGCACACUCUUGACCCCAGUAGUCAAUUGUCAGAUUUCAGCAGUCCAGUGGCCUCCUCCAGCUACCUUAAUAGAUUUACCAACUCGGAGAGCUCCACCGAUGAAGAAGGUGGUGCAUUUGAGUGGGAUGAUGACUUCCCGUCUCCAGAGCCGAAUUUCCUGUCAAAAGCCGCCAGUGAUCAUUCCUCCAGCAGGUCCAGCGGGACUUCGGCCGCUUCCAAGUAUUUCUCUCCACCUCCUGCAAACCGCAGCCUGGAUCAGAGCUGGACCAGCCCCUCCAGCUACUCUCGCUUCUCCAUCUCUCCCGCCAGCAUCGCCAGCUUCUCCCUCACACACCUCACAGAUUCAGACAUGGAGCAAGGGGGAAGCGGCGAAGACGGAGAGAAGGAUUAACCAGAGAUGUUGGCUUCGAUUGCUUCUCAGGCAGCAUUUUGGUAUUUAUUGGAGGAUAUGAAGGCGUCUGCUUCUGGCUAGCCAAUCAGAUGCAGCUUAAUGAUCUGCUUUUCCAUUAACUAUGAUUUGCGAUGUUUUUCGUCAGUGCAAUUCAGAGGAAACCUUUGCUUUCCGUACGCUUUUGAGACUUUCACGCGCUUCCCAAGUGUCCUGCCUCACCUGUUUUCCUUCUUAGUGUCCCCAUUUUUACUUAAGGACGAGUUUAUUUCAACACUAAACGAGCCAACAGACUCAAACGUUGAGUUGUGCAAUCGAAAAAAUCGUACAAUAUUUGCCUUUUACUUUGAACACACUGGAUUUUUUGGGGGGUUUAUUUUUUAAAUGUGAAAUCUUAAGUGUGACGAGCUUAUUUAUAUGACGGAUUAGAUGUCCAGUAUGAGUCUCCACAGAUAUUUUUUGUACAGUGUUUGGACGAUUCAUUCAUUCAUGUCAAUGAACCACUUCACACGACUCGCAUAGUUCUAGCGAGUUUGUAUAAAAUGAAAGGGGAUCUGGGCAGCUGAAGGGGGUUUUUCGGACAUAAGAUGCUAAUAAGUCUUAAUGUAAUGAGCAGUUUUUGUCAGUGCAGUCUAAUUAUGAGGAACACUUUGGGUUUUUUUCCCAGCACGAGGGACGCCUUGUAUCUUCAUGCAGCUUUGUGCACGCUUUAAUCAUCAGCGCACUGCAAAAAAUGCCUGCUUCUGUCUUGUUUCUGCUCCAAAUAUCUAAUAAUAAAGUAAAUUAAGAAGCAUUUUUUAGAAUAGCAAUAAAUAUAGUCUUGUUUUAAUGAAAUAAUGAGUCAAAAUUAAGUGAGUUUUUUCUUAAAACAAGCUAAAUAAUCUGCCAAUGGUGUAAGAGAAAUAAUCGUUGACAUAUGUUCAUUUAGCUUACCCUGUUUGUUAGAUUAUUUAGCUUGUUUUAAGAAAAAAUUCACUUUAUUGUGGCAUUUUAUUGCUCAAAAAAGGCUUUUUUUUUGCUUGUCUAGAAAAUGCUUCUUGAUUUAAGAGUUGCUUCGACUAUAUCAAGACAGUAAUUAAAGCGUUUUUGCAGUGUGCAAAGGGGUUUCUCACCCAUCUAGAACAUAUCCAGGUCACAUUUCAGCCCACUAAUCAGGAGAACUGUACAAUUAGGAUUUAUUUUCAUUGCGUUUUUCUUUCAUCAUGACACUUAAGCACAUUGUUUGGAGUGUGGAGAGGAAAAAAUAAGUGAUAUUUAAAGUGUAAAGUAUUUGUGUUAUGAUUGUCGUUUUCGUUUAGCUGGAAUUAAAGAAAUGGAUGAUUUAAAAUGCUAAUUAUGCUGAAUAUAUGCUUAUUGGUCUCUAGAAUUUGGAUUGAAAUGUGACCCAAACAAGACCUAAAGACUAUAUUUUCUGCUCGUCUAAUAAAAGCUUCUUGAUUUAAAGAUUUUAAGAUAUUUGGGCUGGAAACGAGCUUAAGAAACAGAAGCAUUUGUUGCAGUGUGCAUCUAGAACAUAUCCAGGUCACAUCUCAGCCCAAAAUCAGCAGAAACAGACAAUAAAUGUCUAUUUUUAUGAUGAUAAUGAAGCACAUCCUUCUUCACAAAUGGCUGUAAAGUGUGGAGACAAAAAGUAUUUGUGUUAUAAAUGUCCAGAACGAAGGAAAUGAAUGGCUUAAAAUGCAAAUUUUUCUAAAUAUAUCAUUAUUUGUCUCUAGAUUUUGGAUUGAAAUGUGACCCGAAUGAACUACAGACUACAAAAACAAGACUAGAUUUCGUGCUCGUCUAAAAAAAAAAAAAAAGCUUCAUGAUUUAAAGAUUUUAAGAGAUUUGGGUUGUAAACGAGACAGAAACUCAAAGCAAUGAAAGCAUUUGUUGCAGUGUGCAUCUAGAACAUUUCCAGGUCACAUGUCAGUCCCAAAUCAGCAGAAACGUGCAAUAUUAUAAUACUAAAGCGCUUUGUUCUUCACAAAUGACUGUGGAGACAAAAAUAAUAGCAAAGUGUUUGCUUUAUAAUUGUCAUAUUCACCAGAAUAAAAUAAAAUAAUGAUUUAAAAUGCAAAUUUUGCUAAAUAAAUGAUUAUUUGUGUCUAGAUUUGGGAUUGAAAUGUGACCCAGACAAGAACUACAGACUAUAUUUUGUGCUCUUUUAAUAAAUGCUUCCUGAUUUAAAGAUUUUAAGAUGUUUGAGAUAGAAACAAGACAGAAACUCUUAAUAAUUGAAGCAUUUUAUGCAUCUAGAACAUAGCCGGGGUCACAUUUCAGCCCCGAAACAGCAGAAAUGUGCAAUUAAGAUCUAUUUUUACUGUGACAUGAUAAAAAAAAUCAAGAAAAAAAAAGUAUUUGCAUUAUAAUUGUAAUUUUCAUCUAAGUGAAAUGAUUUGAUGGAUAUUUAUCGUUAUUGUCUCUGGUUUUUGGAUUGAAAUGUGACCCUGAUGCUCUUUAAGAGACUCUCCCCAACGUGUUGCGGUAAACAGGGUGCGAAAUACAGGGGGGUUUGACCCCCUGAAGGACAUCAAAACAAGGGGCAUGGCAGGGUCAGCCCUUUAAUACUGAGAAACAGUUUGCUCCGAUCUGUAUUCUAAAUAAUAACACUAAUAAUUAAACUAAUAGAGCAUAUAAAUACACAUUUGACAGUCUGAAACUGCAGAUGUUGACCACCGAUAGACAUCGGAAGUGUUCAAAAGACAAAAAUAGGAGUUUGUUUCUCCUUACAGCCUAAAAGUAAAGCCAAAAAGAUGCAUAGUGUGUAUAAUUUGACCUACAGUGACUUCAAAAUGAGCUAAUCAGAGGACGCUGCUGGGUAGGAUACACUAAAUGUCCCUCACAACACUGUAAUCUAUAUGCUUAAAUGGAUGUUAGAUGUAAUGUAAUUCACUGAAGCAUGUAUUGCACAAACUAACUUGACCACCCUGCAUAAUUGGCACCAUGGCGGUAGAUCAGAAUGAAUGCAGACUUCUUAAAGCGAGCAUUUUCCUCAAGAUCCAGUGUUUAUGUUGAGGUAUUUCAUUGUAAAAGCAAUGAGAAUAACCUAUUAAUACAUGUUAAAUCACUGCAGAUACACACAAUAUCUCAAUUUAGCAGAGAAAUCCAGGCGACACAAGAUUCAGCAUCUGAACUUCAUAUUAAAUAUGAAACCCCGAAUGACUAGCAACUAGCAGAUCUUCCAGAGGCGAUGGCUGCUUGUAGCAUCGAUAGGAAAAACACGACCUCCUGGACUUUCGGACUCCCUCGUGUUCACUUCAAGGAGCAGCUUGUGAGCACGUGAGGGACGGGAAACUCUUCUUAAUAUUAUUAUUUUGCGCAUGUGUCAUUCCUCCGUGAAUCAUUUCUAUAUUUGCCAAUCUUGCUGCUUUUGUUUUGGUUGGGGGUUGACCGUGACGGAGAUAAACUAAUGUAUAUAGUCGAAAUCAAGCUGAAGCUACACAAUCAGAACCAAAACACACACGAAGAGCGUUGAUUUUGUCAGUGAUUGGGAGAUUGUUAUUGCUGGAAAAUACUGAUUAUAAAAGCAGGCGAGUAGCAGCUUCUCUUCCCUUCGUAAUGAAUGAAAUCUCUCUCCGUGUGUGACCAGCACUCGAUCUCAGUUCCACUGGAAAUUUUAUCCCUUCGGUUUUAUUCUACAGUAUACUUUGCUUAAUCUUGCACAUCUUUAAGUGUAACUUAAAUGUUCUCCUGUAUAUAAAUGUUCAACUCUUUGUCUGUACAUUGGGAAUGAUGUGAGGUGCGUGCUGUAGGACUGAUUUUUGUAAUUUAAAGCUAAAGACGCGUCACGCGUGAGAAGUGAUCAAAAAAAAAUGACUAAUUACUGAUGAGGUGAGCGGGGAAAUGCAGGUCAUCGUGUCCUUAUAACUUGUAAAUUUUAAAAAUGGUGAUAUUUUUACUUCAUAUUGAUGAUGAUGAUGAUGAUCAUGCCUAGUGUCACUGAAGGAAUGGUUUAUAAUUAAUUGCUCUGUUUAUUAUGGAAUUAAAUGACAAUGAAAUUCUG